AUGGAAACUAUUAAAUGCAAUGCGGCUGAGAUUGAUUUGACCGAUGACUCUGGAAUAAGACCUAAGUCCAUAUUCGACUAUAUAAGCAAGCAGGCAGGUGGAACAGAAAACCUUGGGCCCACUAGACAAGAUCAGAAGAAUUAUCUCCGAACAAAACGCCAAUGUGACUUAUCUUAUGGUGAGGCUAGUAGUUUGUUGAUGUACUUUGAAAAACAAACAAGGAUAAAUGCUUCUUGUACAUACACUUUGCAAUUGGAUGGCGAAGAGAAGAUAACAAAUACAUUCUGGGUUGACCCAAAGAUGUUAAUAGACUAUACCCAUUUUGGUGAUGUUAUUAGCUUUGAUACGACAUUUUGCACUAACAAAGAAUAUAGGCCAUAUAGUGUAUUUGUCGGAUUUAAUCACCACAGAGGUAUAAGCAUUUUUGGGGCUGCCUUGUUAUAUGAUGAGACUUCGGAAUCUUUUAAAUGGUUAUUUGAGGCUUUCCCGGAAGCCCAUGGGCAAAAGAAACCAUUAACUGUUUUUACAGAUCAAGAUUCUACAAUAGGAAAUGCGAUAUCUGAAGUGUUUCCUGAUACAUGGCAUGUUUUUAAGCAUUUCGAGAGGGUGGUGAACGAUAAGUGUUAUAAUGAGUUGAAGGCAGAGUUUGAUGCAAGGAAUAAAAUUUCAAGAAAUAUCUUUCCCAUGUCACCCGUUAUGAGGCAAGCAUUAGAAGUUUACACUCCUAUAAUAUUUGAACAAAUUCAAGACGAGCAUUUAUGGAUUUCUACUUGUUACAUUAAAUAUCGGGAUAAGAGUGUAACAGAUCGUAAGUACAUAGUUGCUAUUGUUGAUAAAGAAGGGGAUUUCAAUGUUACGUGUAACCCUUCUGGCCCUACUAUUGCUUGUAGUUGUAGAAGGUUUGAGACAUUUGGCAUUCUAUAUUGUCAUGCUUUGAAAAUCUUAGAUGACAACAAUAUUAAGUUCAUUCCUGCAACUUAUGUGCUGAGGAGAUGGACAAGGGGAACAAGGAACAUGAUAGUGGAUCAGACUAACGAAAGUCGAAUUGAAGAAGAUGUUAACUUGGAUUGUACACAAUGUUAUAGGCUUCUUUGCCCUAUACUAGUGAUGAUAGCCUCAGAAGCAUUGAAUUCGAUUGAGGGAUAUGCAUUGGUUAACACAGUUGCUAAAGAUUUGCUUGCACAACUUCAAAACAUUGUAGUCGAUGCCCCCCUACAUGUGUCUCUAAUAUCUUAA